AUGUUUUUUAAUAUUUGUGUUGAUAAUGGACGGCUGUUAACCAUGGACACAGGAAAUGUAUUUAUUCUGUGAUCAUCAAUGUAUUCUCUUGAAUAUCGCUACUAUUUGAAUACUAAAUGAAUCGGUUUAUGAAAAUUAUAUCAGCGUACCACUUUGUGAUGAAACGUUGUAUGAGAUAGAAGGGUGUUUGAAGAAGAGGACCUGGCCCAAGCCCGGCUGCAUGAACCGCGCUGGUCAUGUGGGGGGAGAAGCUUCUGUCGCACGCGCCGGCUCCCACCCUGCCCCCGCGCGGGCUGCCGCGCCCCCUCCCCAUCGUGGAGCCCGAGCCGGAGUCGCUGCACGAGGCGGAGUGGUAUUGGGGGGACAUCACCAGAGAAGAUGUAAAUGAACUGUUGAAAGACACGCCUGACGGUACGUUCCUAGUUCGCAAUGCUUCCAGCAAGUGUGGCGAGUACACACUCACACUGAGGAAAGGCGGAACAAACAAGUUGAUCAAGAUUGUUUUCCGCAACGGGAAGUACGGUUUCUCCGAACCUUUCAAGUUCAGUUCUGUUGUGGAGCUGGUCGAGCAUUAUCGCACAGUGUCUUUGGCUCAGUACAAUUCAACGUUAGACAUCAAACUGCUCUUCCCUGUUUCCAAGUACCAACAGGAGGAUGAGAUAUCGAGCACUACAGACAAAGACAAGGUGGUGGAGAGGCUGGUGGAGAUCCACAAAGAGUACAUGCUGAAGACGGAGACGUACGACAACUACUACGAAGUGUUCUCGCGCACGUCCCAAGAGAUCGGCCUGAAGCGGCAGGCCCUGGAUGCGUUCGUGGAGGCGGUGGGCAUGUUCAAGGACCAGCUGGCGGUCCAGGAGAGCUUCAAGAGCAAGGCGCAGCCGCACGAGGUGAAGAGCCUGCUGGAGAACAAGGUGGUCCUGGGCCAGCGCCUGGAGUCGCUGAAGGAGAGCCUCCGGCAGCUCGAGGAGAACCUGAGGAAGCAGGUGGCCUACAACCGCACCUUGGAGCGCGAGAUGCACACCCUCAAGCCGGACAUCAUCCAGCUGUUCCGGCAGCGGGAACGACACUUUGCGUGGUUUAAUUCACAAGGUUUCAAACAGAGUCAGAUCAACCAUUUCUUGGCAUCGAAAGGAAUAACAUCGUCUGCCUCCAACGACCUUGAAGAUGACCUGGACCUGGAGAAGCUGCCUCACCAAGACCCAAGCACUUGGUUCCUCCAGGAUUGCUCCAGAGACGAGGCUCAGCAGCUCCUGGCGGGAAAGCCAGACGGUACCUUCCUUGUUCGCCCCAGCCGUACCGGGGAGUAUGCACUUUCAAUCACGUGCAACAAGAUUGUUAAUCAUUGUAUUAUUUACAAGAAAGAAAGGGGCUAUGGGUUUGCUGAGCCGUACAACAUUUAUGAAUCCUUAACGUCCUUGGUACUGCACUAUGCUCAGAACUCUUUGGAAGAGCACAAUGAUUUGCUCAAUACAACUCUUGCUUAUCCAGUGUUCAGUAACGUGUGUCAGAAUCAGACACCAUCGUUACAAGUGCCAACGCAGCAGAUAAAUGUUCCUACGAGUGGGGUAUACGUAUUACCUCAACAACGCUAAAUCCCAAGUCUGUGCUUCAUAUCAUGUUGCACUUUGCUUUGUGCCACACUGUUAUAAAUGACUGUGCAUUUAUACCAUAAAAGUUAAAAGUAAAUGCAUUGUGUAGUCUAAUGUUUUUUGGAAGUGAUUGUUUUUACUGUAAAUGUAAUUUACAAGUAAAGUAGUAAGUGAUGUGAGUUGCUUUAAGGUGAAUAGAAACUUCUUUAUACAAUUGUACAAUUUCCAAAUUUAUGAUUAUGACACGUAAAUAUUAUUUGUCUAAAACUUUUCACAUAUAAUUUUUAAUUUCUUAUAAUAUUAUAUAUUUUGAUUUUAUUAUAAUAUAUUGUAAGUAGUAUAUAUUUUAUAUAAUAUAUAUAAUAAUCUUUUGAUAUACUAAAAACAUUAUGAGAUGAGAAACGUUCCAAAUUAUAUUUACAACUUUUCUUAUUAUCUUUUUUUUUUUGUGUUGUUAGUCCCAUUGUCUUUUUGACUUUCACCAAAAUGUUCCAAAAGUUGUGUGUGAGAGAAUGAAGUGAGCAUAGGUUCAUGGUAAUGGUGCAGAAACACUAGUGUAGAAUGUGAAUCAUGCUUAGUCAGGGGGUCUUCAGGUCAAAAAAGUCAUGAAAAACUAAUGAAACUGAGAAUGACUGUCAAAUACUAUUCCCAAAAUAAAUAGUGAUGGUACUGAAAGUCACACGACUUUAAUUAACAGCAGCCUUUUUCCAACUUUAAUUUAACUUUUUGAUCCCUCGUUUCAGUUCAUAUUCGCACAUCGAAAAUUAAGUAGUUGGAGACUGUUCACUUAAAUAAUUUGGAAAGGUUUUAGCUUUCCAACAUAAAAACUGACAUGUUCCGGCAAAUAGUACAUCUAUUUUGUGUUGUGUUAUUGUGCUUGAUAUUAGAGACAAGAUUUUGUGGUUUUAUAUUUAGGCCAAUUUUGUUUAUUCAUAAAUGUAGCAAAUUAUGGAACACACAUCACACAUAAAUGUUUUAUAACUUAUUUCACCAUAACUGUGUCAUUUUGACUGGUAGAUGAUGCACUCGGAACAAUAAAAAUAAAUCUGCAACUGGUUUGAAAAAUGUACCAAUGUCAUAAUGUAAAAAUAAAUCACUUAUAACAGUUGUAGGAGCAGAAAAGAGUAACAUAAAUUUUUUCCAUUGUACAUAGUUCAUACAUUUUUUUAAAAAUAUUCAUGCUGAAUACGUUACACUCAUUGAAUGUAAUAUAUUAAAUAUUAUUAUUUUUUGAAUAAAAGUGCUGAUUAAAUUUUUGAUAGAAGUUACAUUUUGGUGCUUUAUGGUUUAUUAACUUACAUUUCUGUGUUGUAUGGGUUAUUAACAUGCUUUUCUGUAUUAUCACAAUUCACCAUACAAUCUGGUCCCUUCCUAUUGUAUAUUGAUAUAUAUAGAAAUAGUAACCACAUGAAGUAAAAAUUUGUGGGAAUAAUUCAUUAAAAUGUCCAGAUUAAGUUGUGAAGUUGGUUCAGCACUCUGGAAGUGCCUUCUCGAAAAUUAUGUACACAUUUUUGCAUGGAGUAACAGGAUUUGGAAAAAGGCUGAUCUGAGCGACAGUUUAAGACGCCCUAUGUGGGUAUUGUGCUUCUAUCUUGUCCCAGUGCAGUUUAAUCGACCUGCAUGCUUAAUGACCAUUCAGAAGCCAACUCAGGGCGUGUGCAUAGCUGUGGUAUCAGUCCGCAGUGUCUUCCAUUAUCAUUUAAAAUAAAAGAGGAAAGUGUAAUAAUUAUUCAAUUAUUUCUAAUGCACCUAUUGAAAUGACAGUGUGUUGUGAUCUUGUGUGUUGGUCUCACAUGAAGUUACAGUAGAACUUUGAUUAUCCAUGACCCAACUAACCGGGCAUUCUGUUAACUGGAUUAUCAAUUAAAAAUUAAACAUAUUUGUUUGGGUGGGGGGGGGGGGGGGGAAGACCAAGCCCGUGAAGUGUAAUUCAUUAGGGAAGGGACAAGAAAGAAGUAAAACUGUGUCUUUUAGGUUAAUACAAGUAAUUUUUCAUACAUAUUUUUAAAAGUUAAUAAUUAGUGUCAGUAAUACUUGUACAUUUGUUUUGUAUAAAUUACAAAACUUGCUGUAUUGUGUAACCUAAAUACAUUUGAAUUAGAUUAUCCGUGAAUUUCGCUUAAUGAUGCUGAACUAUUUCCCCCCCCCCCCCUCCCCUUUUACCCUGGUUAAUUAAGGUUCUACUGUACUAGAAAGCUGGUGAAUUUUUACUACUGUGAAUAAUUAUUCCCCAUGUUUAAAUGCUUUUUAAGCAUUGUUUUAAUUUUGAUAUGUCAAAGGAAAUAAAAUAGACAAUGAAGUAAAUUAAUAAAUUCAUGGAAAGUUUCAUAAAACAUACUAAGAAAAUUUUUACACAUAUAAGUUUCCCUUCUACUAUAAUUAAAACUCAGUGACGAUGUAAGACAGUGAUGGUUAACUCCACUCUUUUCUAGAGCCACAUAUUAUUCUUCAAGCUAAUUGCAGGCCACACACUCAUGAAUAAAUAUCAAAUUUUUGACAAAGAUUUUUAAUGUCCUAUUAUUCUGUGGAGUAACAAAUAAAUUCAAUAUGUGGUAUGUCAUGAAGAAAUGAAAAAUAAUUUUUAUUUAAAAUUUAGUAUUUACAAAAAAAGCGUUAAAUAAAAACUUUUCAUCUAAGAGAAAUUACCAUGAUACAUUCUAUAGGUUAUAAAAAUAUGUAUAUGUAAAUAUAUAAAUAAUAUUUUUUUUCAAUAUUUCUGAGAAUGCCAUGACUUCAUAACAGUGUCUGCUGAAUACUUAUCCUAUGUAUGGGUAAAGAAAGAUGACUAGUAUAUGACAGUUUACCAAACGAUAUUUUACUGAAAGAUUGUUUAGGCAGGCCGUUCCAAGCAAUGUCGCAGGCCAUAUCUGGCCCGCGGGCCACCAGAUGGCCACAACUGAUGCACUGCUAUAUAUUUAGAGAUUCCUGUGAAGGUUUCACAUUAUGAGGGUAAAUUGACGAGUCCUGGUUGGUUCUUUCUGACUACCUUGACCCCAUAUAAUGCGACAGUGGGGUUAGCAGCUUCGAAGGGUGAUCCUGUGAAGGUUAACAAUAAUUUAAUUGCCUUCUGCAUUAUGGUGCCUGGGAAGUAAACUUCCGCAUGUGAAGAAUCCCAGAUCUAGUCGGGAAUCAAACUCGGGACAUUUGGUCUAUCAACCAGUUGUCCUUGUUCAAAUGGCUGGUCGUGUUUAAUAUUGUCUCACUAAAAUUUCUGUUGUCUUUAACUGAGCAUCUGAAAAUCCACAGAACUUUGAAGAAGAAAAAGUUUGUUGAUAAUUCCCAAGCAUAUGAAACAUUGUAUUGCAGAGGUAUUAAUGAUUGGUGCUUACUAUUUAUUGCAGUAUGUAUAAAAAUUCUUCAAACUUUGGUUCAAAAAUCAUUUAAUAAAGAUAAAUGGCUGAAGAUGAAUUUUCAUUUUGCUCGGAACAGCUAGCAAGGUAAACUAAACACUGUUGUAGUGAAACUGAAUUUUAGUUCUUGCUACGUCAGCAACCCAAAAAAACAGUGCUGUCAAAAGGUAUAGAUGGAAAACAAUUUUCUAGUAGCAUCUAAUUUUAGAAAUUGUCAAUGUCAAUGUUGCAGAAACUAACCAGCUAAUUUUCAUGCUAUGAAAACCACUGUUGUGGCAAUUAUGGCAGAGGCUAGGUACACAUUUUUAUUGUGUUAUUUUGAGGCCAAUUUCAUUUUCAAAACAGAAGAUUCCAGUAUUAAUGUUUCUAUACAUUAUAUUUGAUCAUAAAAAUAGUGUAUAACUCAACAAAUAUGAUACUAAAAUCUUUCUUAAUACACCUAUCCCUCACUUAGCUCAUCUUCAGAUUGCGCGGAUUCAUUUAGCGCCUGAUGGUAACUACGUGCUUGAUCACUCAUAAUGCAUCGUGUUCAAGUAUUUGAGACAAAACUAGAAGUAUUACAGCGUGCAGAUUGUCAUGAAGGCCAUGCUUAUGUUGGUCGCACUUUAGUAUUAAGCAAGUCAACUGUGCACAAAAUUGCACGAAAUAAGGACUCUUAUCAAAGGUUAUAUAAGUCUGAUGCUGUUGGUUGUACUAGCGGGAAUAUAUUUGACAUUAGAUACCGAAACAGAAAUGAAAAGAUGAUUCAAAUGGAAAAGUUUCUUAAAUGAAUGUUGCAAUGAAAAAAAUAAUCAUUGAUCUGAUAGGAUCAGGUGGUAAUACGCGAAUAAGCACUUAAAUUUUUGAAAUAUUAAAAUGUAAUUAUCCGGUCAGUAAUAUCGGUUUUACUGUCAGUAAAGGAUGGUUUGGAAAGGUAUGCGACGUGAGUUGAAGGUCACGCCCGGGCGGGCAAGUCAGCCAGCCGACUGACGAUAGAGUACAUAACCACAUAUCUCCCAUUACGUGGUGUCGUAUUUGUCAUACAUAGUGCGAUGGGAGGCAUAUCAAGUUUAAUGAUGUGACAUAUUUAUAAUUAAGUGUUAUUCUCGCAUUUAUAUUACGUAAAGUAUAUUUUCCUACACAAUUUUGGAACACAUAAAAUAAAUCAUCCUUGCUAUUUAUGGAAACUAAUGCUUCAGAAUACGCGAUUUCGAAUAACACGAGCAUUUUUAGGAACAAAUUAGUUGUGCUAAGUGAGGGAUAUGUGUACUUAUUUCACAAAAAAAUAUUUCAUUUCAAUGUGAUACAUAGUACAGUUAUACAAUAAAAUAAUUUCAUAAGUGUGCCUAGGACGGAAUUACCUGGAACAAUGAAAAUUUAUCACCAAGCUUUUGUGUUUUAAAAAAAUGUACCAAUAUCAGUAGAGUAAAAACCAAAUUCAGUAAUAUUAAUUUCUUCUAUCAUUUUGGUUUGAUGUGUUUUGGUACAAACUUCAUGUUGAAAUAAUAACAUUCUUUGAAUUUAAUAUUAUUUUAUUUUUGUUAUUGAAGUUAAUUUUUUUUUUAUAAUGAUUAAUUUUAUUUAAUUAUAUUUUGGUAUAUAAGGCAUAUUACUGAACUUGCAUUUUUGGUAUUGUAUGGUGUAUUGACAUUCUUUUCAGUGUUUUUCAGUUUUUUCACAAUUCACACAUUAAAUAUUGUCCUUAUUUGUCAGGUGUCUCCUAUAGUGGAACGGAUGGAACAUUUAUAUUAAAUCAACUGUAAACUGCAUUCUAAUGCAAAAUACAGUUCUUGUAACAAACUUACCCUCUUUUAUCGCAUAACUGUUGCACUCGCAUAAUCGUCGCACCUAUAUUUUAGGCCGUCUAAAUUGGGAUAAAAAAACUUCUGGCGUAAACGUUGCAUAUUGUUUUUGGUCCCGCUAUUAAAUGCAGAGCGCUUUGUGUAGGUAUCUUUUCCGUAUAAAUAAAUGUAUUUUAAAGUAGAAAUCUAAUAUUUAUUCGGACAUUACCAUUUACUUAUUUAAUUAACGGAAAUACGAAGUUGUCUGACGUGUAAACUUUCUUCUAAAGAUGUUUUUAAAUGUUAUUUCCUUUAUCUGACCGCCUGCGUUGCCGCGGUGUACCGCUUAUAAACAUGUAGCCAGCGCUAAUUGGCAUCAUUCGUGUUUGGUUAUGUUGCUUCCCGUACAGAGCGCGCGCACGUAGUCGAAUAUCGAUAUCUUGCUGAUUACAUGGGUCGCGCGCUCUCUGUCUAGUGCCGAGUUAACUACAUUUGAUAGCCCGUUUUCUUCCGUGGAAAGUAUGUACUACGACGGUAGUUACGUGUGAGUUCACGUCACAGUUUCAAGUUGCUUGCGUUCGGGUCACAGAUUUGGUUUUUCUAUUUAAAGUUGAAGAAAGAUUUUUGUUUAAUGAAUUAUUAAUAUAAAUUGUUUUGCGUGCUCUUGUAUACUCAACCUUUUUUUUUUAAAUAAACGUACUUUCCAUGAACAGGUUUUGAUUUAUGAAUAACUUUACCUAACAAAAAUUUUUUUUUCCGCAUAAUCGUCGCACCCCUUCUUUUCAAACUUGAUUUUAGAAUAAAAUGCGAGAAAACACGGUAUGUUGCUUUCCUCAUCUGUGUUGGUUUGUCUUGUGGGGAUAUAAAGAUACUGUCUCUCCUUAUCUUUUGUCUUUCUGCAUUUUGAAGGUCUGAUUUUUUCAUUCGAAUUGUUCUAUUUUUCACUGUCAAGCCUUUAUUUCAGUUAGUCUGAACAAUUUUGUGUAUGUACAUACAUAUAUGGAAGCUGCUUUUCACCUGUAGGAUGUAUGUGUGUAUGGCGGCAAAUGCAGUUGUGUAUUAUACUGUUUCACGUGUGAAAUUUUUAUAUAAUGGUCAAUUAUAAGAAGACUAUUAAAGUUUAUGUAAAGAAAAGUGCCUGAAUAACAUUGAUAUUUUUAGUGUUAGUAGUUAAGAACAUUGCAUUUUUCUAUUGGUGGUUGCUGUUGAAAAAAACAUUGUAUCAGUGUGUUUGAUAAGACUUGUUUUUUUUUUUUUUUUUUGGUAAGAGAUGUCUCGCUCAUUAAGCACCAGCUUUGCUCGCUGUGUUGAAGUUCCAGUUUUUUUUCUAGCUGCGGAGAGUACUUUGUAUGGAAUUUAGGGCUGAGCUUAAUGCUGUAGUAAAAGAAUAAAAAAAAAUUUAUUUUGCUAAAAUUUUUGUGCAGAAUUUUAGUUCUGGAAGUUUUGAUUUUUGUAUUUGAAUACAAAUAUUAUUCUACACAGUUAUGUUGUAGCACACAUUGAUGCAGACCUUUUUAUUGACACAAUUUAUCUCUCUUAAUAUGUGUUUUAUCAACUAAGGUUUAUGACCUGUUAGGGACAUGAAGUUUGUCCUUUUGUUUUUCAGUAAAAAAAAACAAGAAAAAAACUAGAUAAGUAUUUUUUUUUCAUCAAUCAAUAGUUAAAUCAACAAAUUUUGGUCACCUGUUGCAGUAAUUGCCUAGCUGCCUAGUAGUAUGGGAAUGUGAGGGAUACAACAUAAUUGUAUUUUGUACCAUCUAAAAAAUGAGUUUUACAUACAUUAAAUUAUAUUCCAGUGGGGCUGUUGUUUUUUUGUCGAAGCAGGCAUAUUCUAAUGAUGCUGAUGAAAAUAUAAAAAAGUUCUUAGAAAAUGUCAUUAAAGGGUCCCGAAAAAAUCUUGGAAUUGGUUCACCAUAUAUUUGUAGUCAUCCUGUUAGUCUCCUUCCUGGUCCUCUCUUUUCCCCUUGUCUUCUAGCUCGGUGUACUCUGCCAAAGUUUCAGUAGCUGUCUUAAUUUUCACUUAAUGACCCAUAUAAAUAUGUUGGUGCUUUUUUUUCUUUCUAAAUAGUAAUUUUACUUCAUAAUAAAUUAGAAUACCAAAAUUAAUAAUUCUAACUUGCAGUACCGGUAUUUUAAAUUUCUGAUAAGUUUUCCCAAGCUGUACGAUGUUAGUAAUUUUUAUAAUUACUGUAAAAAUAUCUUAUCUCCACAGUCAUUACAAAUUUUUUUACUUUAGAGUUUAUCAUUUCCGUGUAUUUGCCAACCAGAAAUGUGUCCAACAAUGUUUUUUAAAAUUACGGUUUAAUUUUGAACAGUAGUAGUAACAUCUUUUUUAACAUUUUUGUAAAGUAAAUAACUGUAACGUAUUAGGUACAUAUUAAAAGCAAUAUAUUGAAUAACCUGUUUUAUCAAUUCAAGAAACAAGUCUGUACAAAGCCAUUAACAUUAAAAUUAGCCAAAACGUUCUUGCUAUAAGACAAUAACACUUUUAAGAUUUAACAUAACAUGAGUGACAAUACAAUAAAUCUUCAUAUUGCAAUUUAAAUCCAAGGAAAAUAUCUAAGUUUAAUAAUUUCAGUUUCAGUUACAAAAAAAACAACAAACUAUAAAAAAAUGUGAUCACAAAAACAGUAGGUAUACCUGCUAUACUAAAUCAUACAAUAUUCCAUGUUUACAGAUUGUGAAACUCAUUUGUGUAUACAAGAGUAUUUAGAAACUGUUAGGUUGAAAAGUUUUUCUCUGAACGACUAGUAAACUUGCAAACUCUUCGUCCCUUGCAGGUGUGUGCAUGCUCACGUAGGUCGUAGUCACGUGUCGGUGUGUCCGAGGGGAAGUUGGUACCUUGCAUCCAUCGCAGCUCUAGAACUCAUGUCCCCCAGACUCGUGCGUUUGACUGCUAGGAUUCGAUAGGCCCACUAGUGGUCUGUGAGUACUAAAUUUUUUUUUUUUAUAUUUGUGAAUAAUUUGUUACUCAUUACUCAAUUACGAAUUCAAUUGAAAUGAGAAAAACAGGAUUCACAUAAGCCGAACGAGCAAGUUCACAUUCCUCAAGCAGAGGAGCGUGCUGAGUUUUUGCUUUGACGUACAGUUGGUGUGUUUCACCUCAGCAGGGCAGCAGUGAGUUAUUCCUCGAGCGGCUCAAGGCAUAAAUGAGUAGGGUUUUGUCCAUCCUUCGGGUAGUCGGUGCCAGCUACUGCUUGAAUGAUGAAUUACUGCGUAGGGACGGCAGGACUAGUGUGUUGUGCAGAUGCGUCGCUAUUCCUUCAGAGUUCCUCUGUUUGCUGAAGUACUAGGAGUUCCUUUGCUGGGAUGAGUUAACAGUGCACCCGCAUUGUAGUGAAUGCAGCUUGCGAGUUGUGGUUUGUAGUUCGCUUGGAAAUGUAUUGUCGUCCUUUGUGAAUCUACAUUGGGAAAUGCUUUAUUAACCCAUUUGGGGUUAAUGUGGAUACAGUUGCACAGUGCUGUAUUUCAGUUGAAAGUUUUUGUUUUAGCAUAUCGUUUAAGUGAUUAAUAACUAUGUUGUUUUUGGGUCUACAUUUUUACUAAUGGAAUUAGACUGAAUAAAAGUGAACUGGACUUAAUACAAUUGAGCAAUGCCAUGCUAUAGCCCUGGAGCCCAACAAUCUGCCAUUUUUUGUUCAGACAUAUGUGAAACUUGUUGAAAGACUUGUUGAUCAAACACUGUUAAUUAUGUAUACCAAACGCUAGUGUUGCAAGACUUUUCAGACACCUUGUAGGUAGACAUUCUAGUGUUUGAUGGUGCUUAUUAGCAUAAUUUGUGAUUUACUGGAUGGAUUUUAAGCUAUUUUGUUUCAUAGUAUGUAACAAACUCAACUAGAAUAACAAAUUUGUGGCAUCGAAACCAUUCGUAAUGUGGACGUGGUUUUAUAAUUUUUUUUGACAAUAUUAAUGUUAUCCAUGCUUUAUGAAGUAGUUUGACAACUUGGCUUAAAUGUUGAUUAGAAAUUCAUAAUAAUUAAUACAUAAUGAUUUGUUGAAUUAAAUUAUGGAUGGGACAAGAAAUUGUUGCCUGGAGUGUUUAGAGCUCAACUGUAAUUUUUUGUCUGUUAAAAUUUAGUUUUUCGUGUUGUCAAGAAAAUUUUAGCUGAAUCAUGGACGUUCAUGUAUAUUUUGUCAAUCUAUCUUUUAAACACAGUGUAGUCCUGAUUAUUGUAUGUUUUUGUUUGUAUGGAUUUUUUGUGCCCUGAUAAAUUAUAGUGCAAUAUAAAUAUUUUUUGUUGUAAUUUGUUUUUGGAAUAAUUAGAGUGUUCUAUAAGAAUACCAAUUUUACAACAAAAUAAAUGUGUAUUAUAUUUUUAAUGUGCUAAGAAAAUUAUUUGGUAAUUUUAAGAACAAAAAUUGUAAAAUUUGUGUCAUUAUAUGUCUAGUCCUUUUCAAAGUAUAAUAGUAUAAGAAAAUGUUAAAUAGUCAUUAGUUGUAAUAUUUGUAUGUUUGUGUAUUUCAUAUGUAAUAUAUUCUGUGUUUGUGUAGAGUAGUUGUAAUGUUGAAAUUAUUGUGCGGUGGAAAUACGGUUUAAUUAAAAAAAAGGGGGUGUUUUAUAAUUUCUUACAUCACCAAAAAAUAUUAUUACAAUCUAAAAUACUGGAUUUUGAUAAUUUUAUGUACAUGAAAAUAACCACCCUCCUCUUCUAGGCUGAAAAUUAUAUUUUAAGAGUUCUUAAUGUAUAACAGAAAGAUAUAUUCUAUGUGGAAUGCUCAGUUGUAUAAUUGAAAUACUUAAUAUUAAGUGAAAGGCAAUACAUAAAUGUUAAACCCUCGUAAACCUUUUGACUUACUGAGUGACAUAAAAUUUACAAAACUAAAUAAAAACAUACAUAUAAAAUUUAAUAUUUACAUAAUUAGCUGGCAAAGUUAUAUUUUUAACUAGAUAAAAGCCCAAUUUUAUAGGAUCUGAAAGAAGUUUAACCUCAAAGAUGCCAUAUACUGAUUGGACGAUUCAUGGAGUGACAUGAAAUAUUCUACUCUGAAAAAUAAAAAGGAAAAAAAAGCACCUUCAAAAGAUACCACUGGGUCAACUGAAAACCAAGGGUAGUUAAGUGGAUCACAGAACUAAAACACUUAAGGUUUAGAGGAAAUGUAACUGGCUGCUUCAUGGUGUGGUUUGAAUUUCAGAAAAACUUAUUUUACCAUGCCUCUCAAAAUUGUGAGGAUUUUGACAGCUAAAUCAUUGAAAAUGUCUACAAACAAGUAACUGCUUGUUCUGUGUAGACAAGUGCAGCUUAGUAGAUACAAUGAGUCCAGGUUACUUAUUUUUCACUUAAGAUAGUUUAAAGUUGGAAAUAAACAUGAAUGAUCACUAUUGGUAUUGUAUAUAUAUAAACCUAUGUGAUAUACAGUAAGUCCUCGGUUUACGUCGGGGUUACGUUCCUGAAAACCGUGACGUAAAUAGAAACGACGCAAAAUGAGCCAUGUUUCAUGCCACCGGUGGGCCGGAAGCGCUGGCAUGCAGACGUGACAACGGGCAAUUUUAUCAGCAAAUUACAACCGACAGCGUGGGAAACAAGUCCAACUAGUACUUUUCAGCUUUAUAGAAUGGUUAUUUAACCAGCUGCUUUAUUACCUUUAUUGAUUGAAAUAUAAAAACAGAUAUAUAGUCGUUUGGAAGACAUCUUAUGAAGAAAAAAUCAUAAAUUGCAGUGAGCUGAUGAUACUGUAGGCCUACUACAAACGCAUUUAAUCACGAUAAAGCAUCUAGUAACGAGUAACGAAACGUUACACACAAAUGCAUUUCGUUACUCGCAUUUUUCGUAUGUUUUACGCAUGCGCGCGCUUAUUCGUUACAAAGAACGAUGUUUGUUUAUUAAGAAAAGUAUAAUUUGGAAAUUCGUCGUCCAAGUUUUUUACUGUUUAUUAAAGGUAUUGUGUGUGUAGACAAAGUUUGAGAUUGGAACAGAAACAACGUAAGAAAGUAUUUUUUACAAAUUAUAAAUAUGUAUGUUUUUGUUUUUUAUUAUCGCGUAUUUUCACGUUUUAUGUUCUUAUCUUAAAAGAGAUAUUAUAAUAAAGCUGCUCUAAUGAGAUUUUAUUGUUUCUUGGUUAACAAAAGCUGUUAAUUAUCAAAUACUUUUAAUUGUUUAUAUUCGAUUUAUUAUUAUUUACGCGAUGUCAUACUGUACGCGUACGAAAUAAGACUCGAUUCGUUGCUGUUACAUAACAUAGCACGUUAUGCGGUAUCAGAAGUAACGAGUAACGAUACGAAAGUAACGAGUACUAAUUGUUAUAGUAACGAAUACAUACGAGUACACUUUUUUUAGUUACUUUUACACCUCUACUGAAGUGCCAAGGAGUUGGACGAAAAGGGGUAGGAGAAAAUGCUUUGUCGUUGCGGGAAGUAGAUAACACUUCUACGUGCGAGAUACGUGGGUGGCCGAGCGGGCGGGCUGGUAGUAUUGCAUCACCGCGCGGAGAGCAGCGGAGAGCAGGAAGCGUCCCUCAUGAUGUAUGAUAAGAUAAGGCGGUGAGCGUGUAGCUUACGCUACAUAGCAUAAAUUAACUACCGAAGGAAACAAAGAAUUAUAAACGAAUUAUAUACGGUGUUUUGGUUAAAAUAAAGAUUUACGGUCAUUGUAAACGACGUUAUUGUGAAUCGGCGACAACUUAAAUUGAAACAUGAGUACUCAAACAUUAGCGACGUUAAUCCGAAACGACGUAAAUCGGUACGACGUAAAUAGAGGACUUACUGUAUUAUUUUUAUUUUAAAUCUCAAAUAAUAGUGCUUAUUUUCAUGUACAUAAAAUAAAAUAAAGUUACAUGUAAUGUGAUAAAUUGAUUUUAAUAUUUAGGAAAAAAAUUUAUUUUUUACAUUUAAAUGUAUUUUAUACAUUUCAAUAGAGUUUGAAAUCUUUUCAGAUGUUUAAGUUUUAAGCUGAGUUUGUCAUUGAGCAUUUGUCUGUCGCUUAAAAAUUAAUAAAACUGGAAAAUAAGUUGGGUCUUGUAAUGAGUUUCUUUGCACGAUUUAGCCCACAAAACCAUUUCAUCUGGGUUAUGUUGUUAUUUUUUUUUUGUGCUUAAGUGGUAUGAAGUUAUAAUAAAUAGAUACAUUAAUUAGUUAAUUAAUAAAUGAAUGCUUUAAUACGGGGGCAUGUGCACCCCCACCCCCGGAAGGAUAAAAUAUGCACUGGAUAAUAUGACUUCUGAAGUAAUAAACAGGUAUUAUACUAGGUCCAGACUAUCGAUGCCUCACCCAGAAGUCAACUCUGGGUCUGCCCCUGUUUGUAAGGCAAUGCCAGUAAACUUUUAUUAUUAUUUAAAGACUUUAAAUUUUGUUUAUUCAUUUAACAGUUUCCAUAAUAAUGUUUACAUCACAUUUGUAUACAUUUUAAAGUUUUGUGUUUUAAACUAGAAUUUAUUUAGAUACA